CAAAACAAAAAACGAAUCGACAACGACAACGACAACGAAUCGGAAUCGACACCGAAUCAAGGAGGCCGCCUUCCAGCGAACACGGACCCACGAAACACCACACCGGGAUGAAGGACGCCCGGAAGGGAACGAUUCGCCCCCGCCCCGGCAGCGCAAGCGCCAGCGGCCUCCGGCUCUGGAUGAGGCAGGCCUGGGGGCAGAAAACCGCCGAUCCCUUCCGGGCCGAAGCGCGGGUUCUCUCCACCCCCACCAAAGCUAACCCCAGCUUUAACCCCAGCGUUAACAUCAACGCCAACGCCGGCAGCGGAACGCGGGCCCCCUGCCUCUCCCCCAACGACGACUACAGCAGAAAUUCCAACUACAACUUUGGGAGGGCCGGUAUCAAUGCCAGUACUAAUGCCACUGCUAAUGCCACUACUAAUGCCAAUGCCAAUGCCAGUACUAAUGCCCAUCCCCAGUGGUCGACUCCCCCCGUCACCCCAAAAUCCAAAACUUCCUCUCCGCACCGGCUUGGCAACGUUCACAACAAUACUCAUAUUCACAACAACAUUCAGAAUCACAACAAGCACCCCUGCCACUGGGAAGAAGAGAACCAAAACCCCGAGGUCUCCAACGUCGACGAGGCCCUGGCGGCUCUGGCGUCCGCCCACCGGUUCGAGGAAUGCUUUCCCGUCGGGCACGGAGUGGGAAUCGCAACUGGAAUUGGAAGCGGAAACGAAAACGAAAGCAGAAACGGAAACGGAAACGAAAACGAGCCCGGCGUUCCACCUCCCCACGACUGGAUCCUGGACGGCCACGAGGAGUGGCAGGCCCAGUACCUGGCAUCGGCCGAGCUCCUCGAGAAGCUCUACCCCUCGAGCAACCGUUUUCACACCGAAGCCGGACCCAGCAACGAAGCCAGAAACAAAGCCAGCAACGACAACGACAACGAAACCAGCAACCACCAAACCGACGAAACCAGCAGCAACCACCAAACCAACAACGGCGACGACGAGACCAGCCUGCUGCUCCUCCGCUUCGGGAGUGCCAUGGGGCAGCAGGAAUACCAAUUUGCGUCCUUUGACCGGGUCGAUUUCGGGCAGGAAGGAUUCCAAACAGGCGGUGGGGAAGAGGGGAACACCAGCAACGACAAUGGGAACGAUGAAAACAGAAGCAACAACGACGACGAAGACAACGACAACGACAAUGACAAUGACAAUGACAAUGACAAUGACAACAACACCAUUAAAGAAGAUGGUGAUAACGAAAAACAUAUUAUCGAAGACAAAGACAACGACAACGACAACCAACGAUGCACUCCUCCAUCGGUAGCGGCAGGUAUUGCUGCGACAGCAGAAGCUACGAACCAAGAGAGCCAAAAUCUACAACAACAACAAGAACAGCAAUUCGAAGAAUUCUGGCAAAACGCGGUAGAGGCCCCCACACCGGACACCGGAACCUACCCGAGCAUCGAAUCGCGAUCGACCUACGCUACAUCGCCAUUAGUGCUCGACGAGAUCGAAACGGAAACGGAAACGGAAUUCGAAACCGAGGCAGAUACCGACGACGAAAACGAAAACGAAAACAAAAAUGACAAGGAACACCCGAGGCCAUCGGAACCACAAUCCUCGUCCUCGUCCUCGUUCACCAUCGCAAUCGAGGCGAGGGUCUCACCGAUUCCGAGGGAACACGAUGCACCACCACCCGUUUCGGAAUCGGUUCCAGGGGAAAACGAGUCUUUUGCCGACGAUGGGGACAACAACGAAGAGCACGACGAGGACGAGAACGAGAACGAGAACGAGAACGAGGACAACCUCUGUUGCGACACUGCCGAUUUGCCAGCCUCGAUGAUGGUGUGCACCCCCAACACGUCCUUCGAGUCCACCACCACCGGGCAAGGGUUGGCAAGGGCGACGUCGACGAUCCACAACGGGGCGACCCCCCUCAAGAAAAACACGAGGUGCCAGACUCCUAUCGCACGCGACCCUUCCGGUUUCCUGGCCGACGAACGGGCAACGCCAAGGGCAUCCUUCCGGGCGAGUGCCUGCGGCAACGGCAACAACCACAACCACAACGGCAACAACCACAACGGCAGCACGAACAUGAUCGAGCAGCCGACCCCCGUGACCCGGAACAAUUACCACCACCACCCUCCAGAAGGAGGCUUCCGUCCCCCGGGGGAUGGAGUCGAUAUUCUCAUGCCGGAGUGUUCCCACCAGACCAGGGCCAACGACCAGAGCUACGCGUACCCGUUCGGAACGAACGCGGAUUCCCCGGAUCGGUUCCGGCUGGACGACCUCCACAAAAUCACCAACGGAAUCACGGACUCGGACCGAGAACACGACAACGGCGGGGGCGAUUUCGACGACGCUUCGUCCGUGGCACCCACCCCGGCGGAAGGAGACACGGACUUUGAACACGAUCACGAACACGAACACGAACACGAAGCCUCGUCCCUUCCCACCGCCGACGGAUCGUUCCAGUCGGGAUCGAUUCCCAGCGUGGUCCAGCUCUUUACGAACUCGGUGCGCAGCCAGCAGCCAAAGACCUCCGUUGUGGUUCCCAACACCGUCCGGGCCACCACUACCAGCGCCGCCGCCCUGGACACCGCGAGGCUCAAACCAACCGGUUGCUUCGACUCGGGCUCUUCGGGACUGGCCAUGCCCUCCUUUUACCUCGGCCGGAAUGCCUCCCUGUACGCGUCCUCCGAUGCCGGAUCGAGGAAGGAACACAAGCCCUUCCUUGGCAUGUCGAUGAAGCAACGAAUGAUCUCCACGGUCUUUGGACCGGGCGCCGCCGUUGCCGCGGCGGCCUCCGCACUCCUGGCCGACGAGCCCAGCAUCUCCUCCUCGAUCGCCUCCCCCGAGGCCAAGUUUCUCCGCCGGAACCUCUCCCGGUCGAAGGGCUUACACCGCGGGCACCACCGGAGGCGGGCCUUGGAGCGGUUGCGCCGGAACUCGGUGCGGAGCCUCACCAGCACCAGCCGGAACAGCACGAGCGUCGAGGGGGACGAAACGACGGCACACCAUCCCCACUCGCACUCGCACCAUUCGUACUAUUCCAAUCCCUCCUGCUUUAGCGACGACGAGGACGAACGACGGUACAGAGACGACGAGGCCUCGGACAGCGACGAAUUCACCGACGAGGAAUCGCUGUCCCUGGGAUCCCUCAGCACUCUUCCCACAGAGUACUGGAACCACCCGGAAUCGGACCACACCCUGCAGGCACUGUCCAAGCUCGAAUGGGACUGGCUGCCCUAUUGGCGGAUGGAGCGGCUGCUGGACGAAACCGACGGGGGAUUCAAAACCGACAACAUCCCCCUCCUGCAGGACCAGAUCACCCAGGAGCUGUCCAAGCUGGACGCCUUUUACGGAAAAAUCUGCAAAAAGGUCUACAAGCGAAUCCAGCCCCACGCCGAGGAACUGCUGUCGGCCAAUCAGGCGGCACUCGACCUGCAGAAAAAUCUCUCGCUGUCGCAGAUGUACCUGACCAAGAGCCAGAAAUCGAUCGAGCUGGCAAAACACGGAAGGAUUGCUAGCACCAGCGCCAAUGCGAACCAGAACGAGAGCGAGAACCACCAGAACAACAGCGACGACGGCGACACAGACGACCAAGAGUCCUUCGGCGACGAAGGUGUUGGGGUCUACGGCGCCGUUCGGUUGCUGGAAUUGUGGGACACGCAGGAAUCCUACGAAGGCCUCCACCGCACCGAGAGGCUCCUUUCCGAAAUCUGCGGCCUCGAGCAGACCAUCGAGGAGCGCAUCCGGUCGUUCGACACCUACCAAGCGGAUUCCCUCGGAGAGUGCGAUCGGAUCCUGGAUCUGGUGACCCGGCUGAAGGAACGCCUGGAGGAGGAACCCACGCGGCGGCUCGUGUGUUUCGACGAGGCACGGAAGCGGGCCGCGGACUUUGUACCUGGGACCUUUGUCCCCCGACUCCACGAGUGCCUCUCGGAACUCACGAUCGACUGGUGCGACCACGGCGCUUCGCCAUGCGUUUCGGACCGGUACGUUUCCGACGGAAAGGCUGCCUACUCGCGCCUCAUCGAGGUGCUGGUGAGGGUCGACAGGCUUUCGUCUCUGGGCACCACCGAUGCUCCAAGCCCCAACGGCGACGAAAAGGACGACGACGGCAACUCCCGGGAACUCGUGGGAGCCAUUGCUACCAGCAUCCAAACCACCCUGAUGCUGGAAACCCAAAAGGCCCUCGGCCGGGCCCUGCUGGAUCCCACCGAUUCGGAACACGAGACCUCCGACUACGAGCAAGAGCUCAUUGCGCUGAGCAGCAACGAGAGGUACCUGGAUUCGAACCGGCUUCCCAUCUGGACGCACAACCUCGUGACCAUCCGGUUCGAGUUUGGGAUGAAACAGCGGCAGGAGACACCCGAGGCAAGGCACCCCCUCCCGGCGGUCUUCCACAAGCUCUGCUGGCUCCUGGCCAACGUUUUGUCCGGGAUGCACCGCCUCAUCGACUUCCACGGAGCGGGAUUUGUAGCCGGGGCCGUUUCGGAGCGAACCCGGGAGGAAAUCAGGAGGCACCUGCUGUCUAGGAGAGCCUCGGUCUGGAAUGCCAGCAUCCAAUCCCUGGAGGAAUGCCUGGAAGAAUACAAGAAGCAUUCCGGGAAGAAGAAACUAUUUUCCCGGACCGACGACGGACGCCACGACGACUCGGACUGGCGCGAAGACCUCGAGGGUCUCCACGACGUAUCCGUCCUGAAAAAACAAUUUCUGUCCCUCGGGACCGUCUUUCUGAGCGGUGUUUCGAAGGAGGUUGUGAACGACGGCAGCAUGGUCGACGACAAGCUGGUGUCGUGUUUCCGGGGACACCUGCGGAGCUUCCACGUCGAGGCGAUGAACACGAUCGGAACUAUGUUCUAUCGGGAAGACUGGCAAUUGCACAGCGCAAACGACCUACAGCGAGAAACCAGGGCCACGCUUUCGUCACCGGGCCGCGAAGGAGACGACAAGACCACCCACUCCCUCCGGUCUGUACUCGAGGUAAGACGGAUGCCUUUGUUUGGUUUGUUCGGUCGAAGGGAAUCGAUCUAGCUUGGUUUGGUUUGAUUUAUUUACGUGAGUGUUCUCAAUAUGUCGUUCCUGUCAACCACGCAGUUUGUUUUUGAACGAGUUCUACACCAGGGAGACCACAGCGAGUCUCUGUGCUGCAGGAGCAAAUGCAAUGGGUUUUCUGGACGGGCAAUUGCCGAAAAUAAUCCGAAUAUGUUGCUUGCGGAAUGUCGAAAUCCUUUUGGGAUAGAUCGAGCUCGAAGGACGGCCGAAGCCAAAACGGAAUCUAUUACUUCCGACGUCUUUUCACGGAGCAACGAUCGAGUCGAGGACAUGAUCAAGCUUCUGGAGAUCUACAUCGGAGACGACGAUGCUGGUUUGUCAAAAAUCAUUCUACGAAGCGUGUUCGAUGGAGUCCUUCCGUGGAUGGCUCGCCUUCUCUUGAUCAUCGAUAAACUCCCAUUACUAGCAGAGGAUGCCAGCCACGUACUCAUAGGCAUCGUUGAUCUCUAUGUGACGACCGCGUUCCGUCUUUGCGCCGGCAACGAACGGAACGAGAGGAUUCUUCUGGGAAUCGACGAUUUAGACGUUUCCACCAAACAAGACGCCAAUGCUCAGGUGAACCGAGCGUCGUCUCCGAUGUUUGAUUUCGGUUUGAGAUCGCAGGGGCCGACCAAUAGACAGGCACCCGUCCUUUCUGUUACGGCGGAAGCCGAACUUUGCGCUUUGGUGCCCGGGGAAAGCAAAAACCUGGAACCGUUGCGAGAUUUCCUGCUAGAAUGCCAGAAGCGGAUGGAAGGGGUUGCAAAACUUGAUUUGGUGGACAACUGGAUCUCCGAUCCAGUGAUUGCAGAAGAUACCAUCGAGGAAGACUUUGCCAAAGAGACAGCACGAGUGAUGGAAAGAAGGCAAGGCGCAUCGUGCAAUCAUAUUCUUGUGGCACUGGCGUUGUUCGCAGCGACUAGAAACAUCCCGUCGUCGUGCAACCGAGUGAAAGGAUACAGCGAACAAGUGCUGCGUGUAUUUCCCCUUCUGAUAAGUCUGUGCAAUCGAAUUAGUUGCAUGCGGGCUAUUCGUGGACGAGCUGUAUUGCAAGAGGUGCGUUUUGCUUCGAACUAGGAUGGCUACAAGUUUAUCGUGACUUCAUUGCUCACAUUGUUUCUUUCUCUUUUUUCUCGUGUUCAGAUUGUGUCGAUUGGUAGUUUGUGGGAAGAGAGCAAACUCCACGAGCACGCGAAUGACUAUGUUGAUGACUUUUGCGGUUUCUUGGCUCUUUUGUGGCGAUACCUGUACGCAUCCCCAGGAAGAUUACCCUUGGGCAUCCUGAAAAUGCUCUGGGAGAAUCUAGUUGGUGGAGGCUACAUGAUCCUCAUUGAUGGUUUUAGCAAGGUUCCCUAUUGCUCGACGGAAGGAAGAGCAUUAAUGAGCAUGGAUGUGGCAUCGUAUCGAUCCGAAACCAGCGCUCGUUCCAUUGCAAACCGACUCAGAGAGAAUCAGCACCCGAGCUGCCCACUCCCAGCCGUCAUUGAACCGUACCGAUCAGCGGCAUAUGUCGACACAUACGUGAAGAUCUUUUAUUUCCCUUCGAAGGUAAGCAGAGAUAAGUCUUUGCCUAUUUCUCGGUCAAUUCUUGGUUUUGUUUGUGGCGUUGCUGUACUAGCCAGAUGGGUCGAUAUUUUUUCGUUGACACGAUAUAUGAAAUUUAUCUAAACACGACUUAUGUGCUUUUUCAUUUCGCUGUUUCUGCCACUUGCCGGAUACAUUAGGAUGCGCUGGAGUGGAUCAAGAGCAACUUCGAAAAUUACCAUCAGCACCACAUCAUGGCCCUUGUGAUAAAUGAUCGAGAUGCCAAGAAUCUAACGAAACAGGUCCUCAAUUGCUACCGGGGUUCUAACGUAGCCACUACUGUGCGAGUUUGACGCCACGGUUCCGAAUCCGUCGGAAUUCGGAUCGCAGAGUUCUGUAUUGGAUUAUGCAAUCCUCCAGUCCUCUUUUGCAUCAUUAAGAACCUUGUUCCAUUCUACCGAGAACAAACUAUAGAACGAGAUAGAUAGAUAGAUAAAGAAGAUUGCAGUGUAAAAAAUUCUACACACACUUCGUUUACACUAGCUUUUUUAAUCAUCAAUUUUUCGGUCGGGGCUACAGACUCGACCAUUAGUCCCGUUUUGUGAAACUUGAGGCAUGCGUCGUCGAGGACCACGACCUCAAUGGUUGGAUUUUGUCUGCUUCCACAACGGCAAGCGCUCUGGCCAGCAUAGAUUCCAGAGAGGGAAGAACCCCGGUCAUCGUGCUUGGAUUGGAUAAAGAGACCGGUGUUCGUCGGAGGAGUACUUCUCUCAGUCCUCUUUCGCUAGCGCUGUCCAUACCGGAGUCUUUUAUCUGUGGUCCGGAAUUGAAAACUUCUGGCGGUAUGUGAAACCUAUUGUACGAGAUUUCCCCCCUUUUCUUUUCUAUUAUUUUCGACAUUUCAAAUAUACUUCAAAUAUCACA